UUGCAUCAAACCUAAUUCAACCGGCAACGAUUUGUUCGUGAACAAGUCUACAAUAGUAACGGCUCCACGAGAUCCUAGCUAUAUCAUCCACGCCUUAAUCUUCUUCUGCCUAAUAGAACUGCCUUCGGAUUCUUCAAACCUCAAAAACAAUGGCCACUUCACUUAAUUCAAAUCUUUAUCAGCCCUCCCUCAGUUGUGGGACUAAGCUUUACUCUGGUUUGAAGCUUCAAUCUCCCUGUUUGUUUGCAAGUGGGAGACCAAACUUAACAGCAGAUUUCUAUGCCAGAGUUAAUAAGAGUCUCCAAUGCAGAACGGAAAACUGUAAAGCAACAAGGGCUCGAGUACGGAUGAUGCCUAUCGGAACUCCUAAAGUUCCCUACAGAGUUCCUGGUGAAGGAACUUGGCAAUGGGUUGAUUUGUGGAAUGCUCUUUAUCGAGAGCGAGUUAUCUUCAUUGGACAACAUAUAGAUGAGGAAUUUAGCAACCAAAUACUUGCAACGAUGCUAUACCUUGAUAGUAUUGAUGAUAAUAAAAUGCUUUAUUUUUACAUUAAUGGUCCUGGUGGAGAUCUUACUCCAAGCUUGGCUAUCUAUGACACCAUGCAAAGCUUGAAGAGUCCUGUCGGCACCCACUGUGUGGGCUAUGCCUAUAAUCUAGCAGGCUUCCUUCUUGCAGCUGGCGAAAAGGGUAAUCGCUUUGCAAUGCCUCUUUCAAGAAUUGCUCUACAGUCUCCAGCUGGUGCGGCUCGUGGUCAGGCCGAUGAUAUCCGGAAUGAAGCAAAUGAACUUCUUAGAAUAAGAGAUUACCUUUACAGUGAGCUAGCCAGGAACACAGGCCAGCCUGUUGAGAAGAUCAACACGGAUUUAAGUAGGAUGAAACGCUUCAAUGCUCAAGAAGCUCUUGAAUAUGGACUUAUUGAUCGUAUAGUCAGGCCACCUCGUAUCAAGGCCGACGCACCUCGUAAGGAGGCCGGAACAGGCCUUGGUUAGUGUUCUUUUUCAUUUCCCCACCAAAUGGACUGUAGGUGUAAUACAAAUUGUUAUUCGAUUUACCGUAUUGCAUUAAAAAAGGUGUUGCAUUCGAAUGCUCUGAAGUUAAUAACACCGAUAAAAGUUUUCGAAAGAGCUAACCUUGUGAAUACAAGUUCUUUCAUGAAAAGCCUGAGA